AUGUGGAAAAUUUUGUUUGGCCUCUUUUGGUAUAUAAUUUCAAGCCAAGCUAACCCUUUAUUAGGUCUGUUUGAUCCCAAGUGCAAAAUAGAGUACGAAGACGCAUGUCCUCAUAGAGAUGUUGAUUUUUGGUUAUUCACCAGAGACCUAAGAGAGAAUCCUUUGAAAUUGAAUGCUUCGGGUCUACAUGCUUCUGAUUUCGCUUUCAAAGAACAUAAUCUUUAUAUUUUGCUUCACGGUUACACUGGCGAUCGUGAUUAUUCGCCCAAUGUUUAUAUACGUCCUGCACUUUUGGAUACCGAAGACGCUUACAUUAUAUCCGUAGAUUAUGGUCGUUUGGUACCGUACCCGUGCUAUAUGACCGCAGUGGAAAAUUUACCUUUAGUUGCUAAAUGUUUAGGUCAACUAAUAAAUAACUUAGUUGAAGAAGAGCUGGUGGAAAAUGAUAAAAUUCAUAUAAUCGGUUUUAGUUUAGGCGCACAAGUGGCGGGGCAAACUGCCAACUAUUUGAAAAGGAAACUAAAGAGAAUAACAGGGUUAGAUCCCGCUAAGCCUUUGUUUGCUUUUGCAAGUUCUGAAUAUAAGCUUGAUUCUAGCGAUGCUGAAUUUGUUGACGUAAUUCAUACCGAUGUAGUGGGUAGAGGUAUGUUGGCGAGUUUAGGUCAUGUGGAUUUCUACCCAAAUCUGGGACCCAUUCAACCCGGUUGUGAUAAUGAAAAUCCGAAAGAUCCUGGCAGCUGCAAUCAUGAUCGUGCUCCUCAAUAUUAUGCCGAAUCCGUGCGUAAUCCCAACGGUUUCUGGUCUUAUUCUUGCCGAAGCUGGUUAUAUCAAAUGUUUGAUUUAUGCAAUGAUCGAACGAAAGUACAGCGCAUGGGUCAUAGAGUGAAUAAAAGUGAUUCUUCUUUAUCGCCUAUUUUAUUAAAUCCUUUGAGUCUUAAUGAGUCCGUGAGUCUAUUUCGGCCACGUUUACCUUUGAAGAUUAUUUUGCAUGGUUACAAUCAAAAUAGGGAUUUAAGUCCAAACCGUGAGAUACGUCCGCCUUUAUUGUACUACGAACAAGUUUACGUUAUAAGUUUAGAUUAUUCCGUUUAUACGAAACGACCUUGUUAUUAUCCGUGGACGGUGUAUAGCGCUCCUACUAUAGCCAAAUGUUUGGCUUACUUUAUUGAUGAUUUAAUAGCUCGGGACUAUUUCGCACGUAAUGAUAUACAUUUAAUAGGUUUCAGUUUCGGUGCUCAAGUGGCUGGUUUAACGGCCAAUUAUGUAAAAGAGAAAUUAUAUAGAAUAACUGCCUUAGAUCCUGCACGACCUGGUUUUAUGACGACAAAUUUAUCCGAGAAAUUAGAUUCCACUGAUGCUGAUUUUAUCGAUGUCAUACAUAGCGAUCCAAUGUUUUACUCACACCUAAAUCCAUUGGGUCAUGCAGACUUCUAUCCCAAUUUGGAGGAUUUUCAUCAACCUGGCUGUCCCAUCUGGCCAUUUUUAAGAGUUUGUAACCACUAUCGCGCUCCCGCCUAUUACGCUGAAUCAAUAUAUUCGAUAGAAGGUUUUUGGUCUUACAAUUGUGGCAAUUGGUCUUAUUACUUAACACAUCAAUGUUAUUUAUAUGAUGACAUAGCCAUGGAAAAAAUGGGGUAUCAUUUGGCUCAUAGCGCUCGCGGCUCUUACUUUUUGAACACUAAUAGUCAACCACCUUAUGCCCAAGGACAAUUGAUUCAAACGGAAUUAAAUACUGUGGAUGGAGCAUAA